AUGUCGGAGGAAGAUAAACCGGAGGUUGUAUUGAUUUCUGUAGCGGCGCGCAUUCCCGAAUUUUGGACGGACCAGCCGGCGUUGUGGUUUAUACAUUUCGAAGCGGCAGUGGCUCCUCAAAAGGCCAACGAUAACGCAAAGUACCAAUUACUCAUUGCUAAACUGAGCAAACAAGUUAUACAGCAAGUAGCAGCGUUCUUGGAGACACCACCUGAGGACAAGAAAUAUGAUGCUUUGAAAAAACAUCUACUAGACAUCUAUGAAGAAUCAGAGACUAAACGCAUUCAAAAACUAAUGGGCGAGAUGCAGCUCGGCGAUCAGAAACCCUCACAACUUCUCAGGCGUAUGAAAAGCUUAGCAGGAACGCGCGUAUCGUCACAGACGCUGCUAGUUUUAUGGCAGAAUCAUCUCCCGACGGCAUUGCGAACGGUGUUAGCAGCCACCACCUUGGAAGAUGCUGACAAACUCGCAGAGGUAGCAGACAAAGUGAUGGAGACGACCCGACCAAUAGAAGUGGCAGCCGUCACACAGGAGCAGCAGUCAAAUCACCUAUCUGAGGCCAUAGCAAAGCUUACUUUAGAAGUCGCAGAGCUACGACGAGGGAAGUUUAACACGCGCAGUCGCAGUAGGUCGAAUCAGCGGUACAGAGGACGCGGUUAUGGCCAAAGAAGAGAUCAAUCUGGAAGCGAAGAAAUGUAG